AUGAUGAUGCGACCCGUUGUGUGUUUUCUGGUUUUUCUGCUGAGUGUUGCCUCUCUAUGCAUGGAAGCUAACGCGUUUACGAAUGAACCUGGAGAGAUAAAGAAUUUGUCGGACUGUUCUUCUGAUACUUCUGAAGGUCAUUGUACUCCUAAAGGUGAUGGUAAUGUCUUUACAGCUCUCUUGUAUGACAGGGCUGGAUCUGGCUCAUCCUCUGAUGGAAGUUCUCAUUCUGGUUCCAGCAGUGGGUCUCCUGCGAGAGAAGCUCAGGGCUAUCUCCAAGCACCAGUUCUGCCGGCACAGGAAGAGGUUCGUACAGGAGUCACACACCAUACUAAUCUAGAAAAACCUUUGCAAGAACAAGAUGCUGAGAGAAGUAGGGAACAAGAAGGAGUAAAACCACCUGCCGCCGUUCUUUCCGACCAAGUCCCUGAUACGGAGAGUGAGACAAAGAUUCUUCUCCAACAACAACAACAAUCUGGUACGAAUUGCACUAAUGGUACUUCUGAAGCUCCUGAACUUACUGAAAAUCCAAAGACAUGUCCUCCUAAAAAACCUGAAGUUCCUCCUGCUCAAGUACCUGAGGUACCAAAAGAGGGGGUUUCUUCUCAUCCACGUGGGGAAGAAGGUUCUGUACAAGUGCAAACACCACCCACCACCACAUCGCCUACUUCAACUAGAGUGACAACAGAAAACGGUGCCCCAGAAUCAGGUGCAAAACCAAGUGAUCCUGCUCAAGGCGCUGCAACGAUUAAUGAUUCUUCGAGCACAGAAAAUCAAGUAACAGAAGGGAAUACUUCGACAAAUGAUAAUGCUACACUUGGUGUCUCAACUGACUCUCCGGAGAGCACCAACCCAUCCCAAGCUUCAAAUACGACUGCUCCUAAUUCUACUUCUGGCGAAGACUCACAAGAAACCAAUUCCACUACUCUGCCGAGCGCCGAGAAUACUACCACAGAAGCACCAACCACCACUCCAUCUCCUUUACCCAACGCAGAUAUCAACACCAACACCAUCACUUCCACCGUACAGAAGAAGGCUAAUGUUGACAGCAGUAUCAAUUCUGUGUGGAUGCGUACUACAGCACCGCUGUUGAUUGUGGCUGUGUUGUUCUCUGUUAACGUCUACUGA